GUGCCAAUUUGAAAUAAGUGUAAUACAUUUUAUAUGAAUAAUGUAUUUCCCCAGAUUUAUUGGUACGUAAUUUGCUCUAGUCUUUUCACUUCAUCGUUCACAAACAAUUUGAACCCUAGUUUCACAAAUCCUCGAUUUCUUUCUCUAAUUGGAUCGCGAGGGAUAUAGUUUGGUUCAGCAGAAAGAGGGGAAAACGUUUCCUCACAUUAGGUUUCAAUUUGGGGGAAUGGCAUCUGAGAAGAAACCUUCAGAGGGCAUAGCCUUGCUCUCGAUGUACGCCGACGAAGAUGAUGAGAUGGAAGAACUCGACGAGGAAGUAGAAAAUAUCGAUGAAGGUGGAAUUCCCCUUCCGGCGUCGGAUGCCGUCGCCGUGAACGAUAACGAUGGUGUUGCAGAUUACAGCAAGGAAGAGAGUGGUCGAUUCAACGGCUACACUCCUCCAGCAUCCGCCACUCCACAGCAAACGAUCUUCUCGCCCCAAGAGCGGCUGCAAGCGCAGCAGUUCGGUUCGGAUUUGAAUAAUGGUCAGAGCCAAAAGAGUCGGCCGACUAUUGUGGAUUAUGUUCAUGAAGAGGGCGCCAUGUCUCCGGAAGCAGAGGAAGGUCGAAUAAAGGCGACUGGACGAGUAAUGUAUGGGGAGCAACUUCAAAGCAGUGAUGGUGAAUCACUAGAAAAGAAAUCACCAGGUAUGGCUCGGCUUCCAACGCCUAGCACUCGAGCUGCUACCCCACAAUCAUUAGAACCAGAUCAGCCUGAAACAGAUGCCAUGGAUUAUGCUACAAAUGAAUCAGAAGCUGCAGGGACUGAGGAUGCUGUUAUGGUUUCUGUUGAGGAUCAAAAGAAUAUUGAUCCAUUAGAUAAAUUUCUGCCCCCACCUCCCAGGUCCAAAUGCUCAGAAGAGCUGCAAGAGAAGAUUAGUAGGUUUCUUGCUCUAAAGAAGACUACUGGAAGAAGCUUUAAUGCAGAGGUGCGGAAUAGAAAGGAAUAUCGAAAUCCUGAUUUCCUGCUGCAUGCUGUGACUUACCAAGAUAUUGAUCAGAUAGGAUCCUGCUUCAGUAAAGAUGUAUUUGACCCACAUGGAUAUGACAAGAGUGACUUCUACGAUGAAAUAGAAGCUGACAUGAGAAGGGAAUUCGAAAGGAAAGAGCAAGAAAGGAAAAAAAGUCAGAAGUUAGAGUUCACUCCUGGAGGAGUACAGCCAGGGAAUGCUCUCCCUACACCAAAAAUCAACAUACCAACUCCAGGAUUGACUGCUGUUUCCGGUGUAGUAAACGUACCAUCAGCUACUUCAGAAAGCAUGGGUCGGGAUGGUAGACAGAACAAAAAGUCAAAAUGGGAUAAGGUGGAUGUUGACCAAAAGAGUUCUUUGACCGCUGGAGGGCAAGAAAAUCUUUCUGCUGUUGGUGCUCAUGCCGCACUCCUAUCUGCUGCUAAAGCUGGUAGCGGAUACUCAGCAUUUGCGCAACAACGAAGGAAGGAGGCAGAAGAUAGACGAUCUAGUGAUAGAAAAUCGGACAGAAGAUAAUGAAGCUGCCCGUAUUCGCCUUAUAGCUACUAACAUGAAGAUGAAAGGAUUGGCUAGUUACAGAGAUUUCAAGACGGUAUUCUGUGUAAAGAACAUACGUCGUAUGCAUGGCCAUCGAUAUCAAUCCUACCUUCCAGUAUUUUGGUGGCGAUGUUGCACUAAUGGUUCGUAUGUACUCGAACUGUAACACCCAGGUAAAUCAGCAUGUAGUGAAAUGCUGUUCUUGUGUUUUGUGUCAUGAUGAGUUGUAAUUUGGUUAUAAUCCAUCUUGUGUCACUGUCUGUAGUCAGAUUCCUUCAUUGAUGAUAUGGAAUCAAAGCAGAAAGGAAGGCCAGGCCAGGCCAGGCCAGUCUCCUCUUUUUUGAUUGAGAAAUAAACCAAUCUACUUUAUAUGUAUUGCUAGUUGUUUACAACUAAAUUAUUAUAACCUUAGUGCGAUCUUUCCACCUACUGUGAA